GUGUAUUAAGCCGAGGCCGCUUGCGGCCGAGGCAGUUCAUUAUUUGACACCAGUGUAGUGUUGAUAUGCUAUUAAUUAUAACGGUGAGAGGCCGCUUACGGCCAAGGCAGUACAUUAUUUGAAACCAGUGUUGUGAUUAUAUGGUAUUAACUAUAGCGCCUCGCCCGCCAGCGACCUCGGCUUAAUAGUAUGACAUCGUGUAUUAAACAGAGGCAGUACGUUAUUCGACACCAGUGUUGUGUUGAUAUGGUAUUAUCUGUAGCGCCUCGCCCGCAAGAGUGUAUUAAGCCGAGACCGUUUGCAGCCGAACCAGUACGUUAUUUGACACCAGUGUAGUGUUGAUAUGGUAUUCCUGUAUUACAGUGGCCUUGACUUAAUACACAAUUCAAGAUAAAGACUACAACGAGCUCAGAUGGGACCUGCAUUUUUAGUCAAGGACUGCUUGCUUUUCAACUUAAUAAUCAAAAACUAUGAAUUUCCAAAGAUAUGGAAAUUAAGCAAGAUUUCCCCCGUUUACAAGAAGGGGGAUAAGUGCUGUGUAGCGAAUUAUCGACCAAUAGCCAUCAUCAAUAACUUUGCAAAGCUGAAUGUCAGAAUGGUUUAUAGAGGUAAAUCUGCUACCAUUAACUUAUUAAGUUUUGUUCAAUAUGUAUCUGCCGCAUUAAACUCUCGCGGACAACUUGAUGUAGUUUAUACUGAUUUCUUACGGGCAUUUGACUGUUUGAUCUUUCCUUUACGUCUUAUGUGUCUGAUCGUAGACAGUACGUUGAACUGAGUGGUGUUAAAUCUAGGUAUAUAAAUCUUACUAGUGGCGUAACUCAUGGUUCCAUUCUUGGCCCUCUACUAUUUAAUGUCUUUGUGAACGAUUUGCCAGCGUGCUUCACUACGCAGAUGAUCUUAAACUAUUUAUUGGUUUGUUAUGGUAUUUUUUAUGGUGUACUGACAACAGAAUGAUCCUAAAUACAUCCAAGUAUCAGGUGAUAGCAUAGCCAGAAAAGGAACAUUGUGUACUUUGAGUAUAGGGUUGGGACGAAUCAUCUAUCGCGCAUUUCUACUGUGAAGGACCUUGGGAUAUGGUUUGAUGGAUCUUUGACUUUUACCGAACAUAUUAACAAAGUGUCGGGUAGUGUCCUUAAAACAUUCGACCUGUAUUAUUUUUCAAGAUGUAAUUUUCUGUUUUAUGUUACAUUGGUUCUGUUUUUGUACUGCUCUUUCUGACAUCUUAUAUGUGUCCAUUACUUUAAUUUUUCUGCGUACAUUUUACUUUCAAAACUUUAGGCUCAACUAAUUUGGGAACAAUGUAUUUCCGUUUGGAUAAUAAAGAUUAUUAUUAUUAUAAAACUGUUGGUAAAACAAAUGAUUUAAGAAUCAUAUCAACCUAAAAAAGUUUUUUCUCUCUUUAUAGUCAUUCUUUCAUUAUUGAAAACCGUGAUCAUUAGCAACGUGUGCUGUCAGUAAAACUUGUAGUAACUGGAUCUUCGUCCCUCCACAUUUCCCAAUACUAUCAAUAUCUCCAUAUUAUUAUCAUCUCUUCAUAUAAUGUCUGCAAAAAAUGUCACGGAAUUCGUAAUACCACAUUUCAAACACAUCAAUCCUCUUUUUGUCCGCUGCUUUAAUUGUCCAUGUUUCAGCCCCAUAUCGCAAGAUGGAGAAGAUCAGUAAUUAAACAAGCCCUAUUUUAGUACUUUUUGUAAUAGAGCGGUCUUUCCAGAUCUUACAAUUAGAUAGUCUACUCAUUGCACUUUUAGCCAGUCCUAUUCUUUCUAAUAUCAGCGUUAAUCUUAAGACCACAUUUUUUACUCUCAGUUUAGAAGAUUCACCAUUUCCUCUUCUAAUGCAGCUAUCAAAGUUGUAUCAUCAAUUUUCGUUUUCUUGGUUUUCCAUUACUCAAAGACAUGUUGCACGAUGUUAUUUACAACUGCCGUGAUCUCAUAGUCUCUUAGAAAUGAUGAGGAGAGUUAACACCGUUGAUUUCAAUGUUUGGUAAUUCACCCAAAACCUACCGGGAACAGUAGUUAGCUUGAUUCAAUGAUAUCCUCCCCUUUGAUGCUUUUUUUUAAUGAUUAACUCUUAUUUUGAGUUCAUUAGAGGUAUAGAGGAGAUCGGAAAUGUUUGGAGUCAUGGAGUAGCUUUAUAUAAUGUUCAAAGAAUGGCUAAAUUUGUGUUAUUUCCUUCAAUUGUCGCGUACGUUUUUCUAGAAAACCAUCUUAUUACUCAACAAUAAGAAAAAUUAAGUUAUACUUACCUCCAACUUUAAAAAUUAAAAAAUUACCUCUAAAAAGUUCAUCAAAUCCGUUUCUAUGGUAACUUCAAAACAGAAUGUCUUAUUGACAUUGACCAUUUUAUCUUUUAACAUUUUUAGCAAUUUAAAAAGUUUUAUAUAAUAUAUAAAUGGGAGAUCCUCUUCCAAGAUUCGAUAAAUGUGGAAGAAGACUUAUCCCGGAACUACCAUGGUUGCCAUACGCCGGAAGAUAUGGAGAACCGCAACCAACUUACCUCGUUGGAAGAGCCCACGACAGCAUGAAAUUUCCAGAAUUAUUCGCGAAAAAAUCAUGGACAAAAUCUCUUCCUUACAAAGACACUUAUGAGUAUUACAAACCAAACGAAACAAUGGGUGCAUCUUACACACCAUGUGCAAUGGUUUUAAAAACUCAUUUUUUACCACCAUAUAAGAAAAAAGCACAUGCAAACCCACUUGGGGCUGAUGGAAAAUUACAACAUCCACCACCAAUGACUAAAGAAGAACAAGAUCGGAUUAAAAAGGAAGAAGAAGCAGCAUUAAAACGAAAAACCGUUAAAGUACCCGGAAUUGUGGACGUUAGAGAUCUUUUAAAUGGAACAUAUUGGGAAGACAAACGUAUGAAAGAGGAAAAAAUGGCCAAAAGGAAACUAAAACGACUCGCUAAACAACAAUCACAAGAAAAACCGAAAACUGUUGAACCUGAAAAUUGGGAAAAAUUUCAAGCUGAUCUUCCGUUUCAUCCCGACGAUCAAAAACGAGAUAUGUUACGAAGGAAUGCUAAGGAAAUGAUUAAACCGGUUCGGGUGGAAGAUAUUUAUAGGAUUAAUUAUUAUUUAACUGAUGGUUUUGAUGAUAAACACAUCGCGGAAUAUCCCAUACACUACUUUGUAAAAGCAAAGGCAACAAUUCCAGAUAAAUACAAAAAAUUAAAAAUGUAUGAAUUAAUUGAUGAUCUUUUUAAAGAAGAAGUAAAUAUUUUAUACAACAAAUACAUGCGAGUUGCUACUUUUAAAUACAUUUUGCAAGAUUUCAACGAAGCCAGGCGAUUAAAAAUCGAAUCUUUUCCUCAUUCUUAUCCAACAUUCACAAUUCGAGCUCCUGUACCGUGGCACACACCAAUGCUUUACAGCCGGGAGGGAUUGUUUCGACAUUUAUUCAUUGGAUGUGAGGCUAUAAUCAAAAUUAGGGAUUUAUGGGAAAGAAAAUACACCAACAUGUGCAUUUUGGAUGUUGCAGAUCUUGAAGAAGACCAAGAAUUUCCUCUUCAUAUGGAAAGUUUUGAAGAGACUCUAAUUGCACUUUGUAAUAAAACCCGAAAUGUACUCACCAACGUUUGGUUAAAAGAAUGCGCCGAUAUCUUCUGUGAUUUGAGACCGACAUGGGAACAUUUCAUUCCAAGGCAAAAAGGGGAUAAUAUGGAUGUUAUUGAGAUGUUUUUUAAUUGCGUGAAUACAUUGAUGUCGUUGCAAGUAAGAGGAAUGGUGAUGAAAAGUUUGAAUCAUUUUAUGGAGUUGCUUAUUAAAUACAAGGAUGGAAAUAACUACGAAGGCGAAUACGUUGAUUUAGCCGUACUAAACAUCCCACUUCUAAAACUAAUUGCAGUUCCAACGCCCAAUUCAACAAAAAUAACGGUUCAACCGCCGAUUGCAGCAGCUGAAGAUAUUUUGAUAAAUUCCUUAAAAAAAAUUCUUGAAGUAAACUACAAUUUACCAAGAUUAGAAAACAUAAUGUUCCCGGCUUACGUGAAAAAUGAAACUUACCUAAUAGCGGUUAAAGACGAUGAAGUUGUCAUAAUGGAUCUUUUCGAUGAAAUAAGAAACAUUUACGCCGCGAAUAUUUUGGGCCCCGAUAAAUAUUUAGAAAUGUACGCUCAGUACGAUUUUUUGUUAACCGGAGAGGCCGAUAAACAAUGUAAAGAUUUUAUGAAAUCUGAUCCGCCCCCGUUAAUGAAAGACAUCAUAAAACGAAUUGCGUAUUAUGACGACUUGAAAGAUGAAUUGAUUAUGUUGCGUCGAUCGAUUCCUUUGGGUUUGGUUAGUUUAGAAUUGUCCGAUUUAAACGAUUAUUUAAUUCAAAUCGUUAGCGACAUGAGAUUAUACAUUGUUAAUAUUUUUGUUACUGCAAAUUAUAAAAACAACAGAGCAAUAUGUAACACUUUCGAUGAAAUGUCUUUAAAAAUGAACGAACUCCCAGAAACCGUCCAAGAACUCGUAGCGCUACAAAACUAUGUCGUUGAAAGCAGAGAUGUAACUCUUUAUAAAUUGAAAGAAAAUAUUAGAGAGACGGGAGAAAAUCUUCUAUUUCUUAUGGAUUAUGCUAUCUUAACAAGUGAUGAUAUAAAUUUAAAUAGCCGCGUUUUUCUUUGGCCAAAAGAUAUGGAAAAUGUAAUCGAAAUGGCACUCCAACGUUUAACAAUAAAAAGGGACCAAGCAGAAGCUGAAUUACGCAAUAAACGAAUGAUAUUCGACGCAACACUAUUAAAACACGAAAAAUUAUUAAAAAUGUUCCAAAAAAAAGAUCCAACCGUUUUAUCCCCAGAAGAAAUUGCAGAUAACGUCGACUUGGUUGAAACAAUCGUUGCGCGUUUAAUGGAAGAUAAAGCGGAGGCGCUCGAAAUUAACGAAGAAGAACAAUUAUUAGAUUUCGAUCCAUCCCCGUUUAUGAAUUUACAAGAAAUGAUAGCAACCAUCGAGCCAUUUGAUCGUUUGUGGCAUACCGUUGCUAGUUUCCAUGAUAACUACGACAUUUGGUUUUAUGGGCCGUUCAAAGAGUUGGACGCAGAUCAAAUUAAAGAUGAUGUUGAAAAUAUGUGGAGAACCCUUUAUAAAUUAUCCAAAACGUUUCAUAAUAACCCCGGGGCGAAAAGAAUCGCUGAUUUGGCGAGGGCAAAAGUUGAGAAAUUUAGGCAGUUUGUUCCCGUUUUACAAACUGUUUGUAAUAAAGGGUUGCAAGAUAGACAUUGGAAGGAGAUUUCAAAAAUUGUUGGUAUUGACUUAAAAGUAUCCGACCAGUCGACGUUAAAUGAUAUGAUUGAAGCCGGCUUGGUUAAAUUUAUCCCGAAAUUAGAAGAAUUAAGCGCCGCUGCAACGAAAGAGUAUGCCUUAGAAAAAGGCAUGGCGAAGAUGAAGGAGGAUUGGGCCGAUGUUACUUUCGAAUUGGUGCCGUAUAGAGAUACUGGUGUUUGUAUUUUAACGGCUUUAGACGACAUCCAAGUGAUGUUAGAUGAUAAUAUUCUCAAGGCACAAACGAUGAGGGGAUCUCCAUAUGUUAAAGCUUUCGAGAAGGAGGUGCAACUUUGGGAAGAAAAAUUAGUCUCAAUGCAAGACAUCAUAGAAGCUUGGUUAUUGUGUCAAUCAACAUGGAUGUAUUUAGAACCAAUUUUUAGUUCUGAAGACAUAAUGAGGCAGAUGCCAACGGAAGCAAGAAAUUUCAAACAAGUCGAUAAAACUUGGAGGCACAUCAUGGCAAACACAAUGUUGGACAUACACGUUUUAGCAGCGACUGAUUACCCGAAUAUGUUGCAACAAUUGAGAGACUGCAAUAAUCUUUUGGACCAAGUUCAAAAAGGACUAAAUAAUUACCUCGAGAAGAAACGGCUUUAUUUCCCAAGAUUCUUCUUUUUAUCCAACGACGAACUCCUGGAAAUUCUCUCGGAAACGAAAGAUCCUUUAAGAGUACAACCUCAUUUGAAAAAAUGUUUCGAAGGCAUUUACCUAUUAAAGUUUACUCCACAAGAAGAAGUUAUAGGAAUGAUAUCUGCUGAUAAUGAGGUUGUUAAUUUAAGUUCGAAAAUUGUCCCGGCAGAAUCUAAAGGUAUGGUUGAAAAAUGGCUACUUCAAGUUCAACUAAUAAUGCUUCAAUCAAUGAAAGACAUAAUGAAUUUUGCGGUGAAAGCUUUUACUCCACAAUCGCGAAAAGAAUGGAUACUAAGCUGGCCUGGACAAAUUAUCCAAGCUUGCGAUUGCAUAAUAUGGACCACAGACGUUACGGAAGCGAUAACAAACAACACUUUGGAUAAUCAAGUAGCGCUUUGUACCGAACAAAUAAAAAUUUGCGUCGAAAUGGUUCAAGGAAAAUUAGAGCCGAGCACCCAAAUCACAAUUGAAGCUCUAAUUGUAAUUGACGUACAUGCUCGCGAUAUCGUUAAACAAUUAAAUAUGGCAAAAGUUCAAUCGAUAGCCGAUUUCGCAUGGAUUUCCCAAAUGAGAUUUUAUUGGCAGACUAAUUACGUUGGUGUUUGUAUGAUAACUACGGAAGUCGCUUAUGGAUUUGAAUAUUUGGGAAAUCUUGGAAGAUUAGUUGCUACACCUUUAACAGAUCGAUGUUUCAGAACUUUAAUGGGUGCAUUCAAAUUAAAUUUGGGUGGUGCCCCAGAAGGACCAGCUGGAACCGGAAAAACAGAAUCCUGCAAAGAUUUGGCAAAAGCGGUUGCAAAAAAAUGCGUUGUCUUUAAUUGUUCGGAUGGUUUGGAUUACAAAGCUUUAGGAAAGUUCUUUAAAGGAUUAGCCCAAUCGGGUGCUUGGGCAUGUUUCGACGAGUUUAAUCGCAUAGAAUUAGAAGUUUUAUCAGUCGUAGCGCAACAAAUCUUAACGAUUCAAAUGGCUGUUGCCGCGAAAUUAGAGAAAUUUGUGUUUGAAGGAACCGAAUUGGUUCUUGACCCGACUUGUACUUGUUUUAUCACGAUGAAUCCCGGAUAUGCUGGAAGACAAGAACUUCCGGAUAAUUUAAAGGUUCUAUUUCGAACUGUUGCUAUGAUGGUGCCUGAUUACGCGAUGAUUGGAGAAAUUUCCUUGUAUUCUUAUGGUUUUACGUAUGCCGCAAGUUUAGCGCAAAAAAUAGUUCAUACUUACAAAUUAUGUUCGGAACAACUCUCAUCGCAAAAUCAUUACGAUUACGGAAUGAGAGCCGUUAAAUCGGUUUUAUUGGCCGCGGGGGCUUUAAAACGGGCUUACUCUAAAUUCGAAGAAGCUCCGUUGGUACUACGGGCGAUUAUUGAUGUAAAUUUACCUAAAUUUUUAGGUCAAGAUCUUCCUUUGUUUGCCGGAAUUUACUCUGACUUAUUUCCUGGUGUUGAAGUACCAAAGUUUGAUCGAACUGAAUUGAUUGAUUGUUUAAUUGAAGAAUUAGUUAAAAGAAAUUUACAACCAACUCCAUGGUAUGUUGGAAAAGUUAUGCAAGUUUAUGAGAUGAUUUUAGUAAGACAUGGAUUGAUGAUUGUUGGUAAUCACAUGGCUGGAAAAACUCAAGGUUAUCAAUCGUUAGGGGAAGCUUUAGGAAAAUUAGCAGCCGACAGAACGGCUACUUUAAAAGAAGUUCGAGUUGUAUAUCGAAUAAUCAAUCCGAAAGCGAUUUCAAUGGGGAAAUUAUACGGCCAAUUUGAUCCUGCUUCUCACGAGUGGUCCGACGGGGUUUUAGCCACCACAUUCCGCGAGUAUGCAAAUUCACAGACGAUGGAUAGAAAAUGGAUAUUAUUUGAUGGACCAGUUGAUGCAGUUUGGAUCGAAAAUAUGAACACUGUUUUAGAUGAUAACAAAAAAUUAUGCUUAAUGUCCGGCGAAAUUAUCCAAAUGUCGAAUAAGAUGAAUUUAAUUUUUGAACCGGAAGAUUUAGAAUUUGCAUCUCCUGCGACCGUUUCACGAUGCGGUAUGAUUUAUUUAGAAUCGCACCUAUUGGGUUGGCAGCCUUUUAUGACGUCUUAUCUAAACACCUUAAGUAAAACUUUAUUGGCUGAACAAUUAGAACUUUUAGAAGAAUGUUUAUUAUGGUUGGUACCCCCACUAUUAGAUUGCUUCCGAUUAGAAUGCAAAAUUUACGUACACACAUCCGAAAUCCAUCUAUUUUUCUCAUUCACGCGAUUAUUAUCCGGCAUGUUGGUGCAAGAAACUCAAGUGAGUACAAUUUGGCUUCAAUGCGCGAUGCUUUUCGCUUUAACCUGGGGUUUAGCAUCAACGUUAAGCUUGGACGGUCGAAAAACUUUCGAUGUAUUUUUUCGUAAAUUAACCUUAGGCGAAAACAAAGCUUACCCAAAACCAAAAUCAUUUAAAUUAACCAAAAACCAAUUACAUCCCGAACGAGGAUUGAUAUUCGAUUACGUUUAUGAUAAACGUAAUAAUGGAACUUGGGUCGUUUGGGCGGAUACUUUAGACCAAAAACAAGUUAUACCACCAACGGCCAAUGUCAACGAAGUAAUCGUACAAACGAACGAUUCAAUUUGUCAAAAAUUCUUUUUGAACCUUUGCCUAAAAAAUGCUAUCCCUGCGUUAUUCGUUGGACCGACCGGAACGGGAAAAUCGGCGAUCGUUUUGGAUCACAUGGUUAAUUUACCCAAAGAAAAAUAUCUAGCCAAUGUUGUCAAUUUUAGUGCUAGAACCACUUCAACGAUGACUCAAGAAAUUAUUAUGUCCAAAUUGGAUAAGCGAAGAAGAGGUGUUUUUGGACCGUCAAUGGGGAAACUAUGUGUUCUUUUUGUCGACGAUGUUGGAAUGCCUCAAAAAGAACAAUAUGGUGCUCAACCACCCAUUGAAUUAUUGAGGCAAUGGAUAGAUCACGGGCAUUGGUUCGAUAAAGAUACGUCGAUGUUGUUUUUAAUAGAUAUG